GUUUCAGUAAACUUUGCAUAAGCCAGUAUGAUUGGUACUAAAGAGAAGGCGGGUGCGUCCACCUCUACCUCUGGCGACGAUGUUGAAUACUCACGGUUGAGCAAAGAAAAGGAAAUACAAAGCAAGAGAACCGAUACUGUGCCGUUUUGUAAGGUAUUUGCAUAUGCAGAUUCCACUGAUUACAUGUUGAUGUUUGCUGGUAUCAUUGGUGCUAUUGGUAACGGAUUAUGCACACCCCUCAUGAGUAUUCUGUUGGGCGACCUUACUAAUUCUUUUGGGGACAACCAGAAUAGCGAUAACCUGGUACCUGCGGUUUCAAAGGUGUCACUUAAUUUAUUUUGCAUGGCUGUUGGAGCUGGCUUGGCAUCAUUCCUCCAGGUGUCAAUGUGGAUGGCAACAGGAGAAAGACAAGCUGCAAGAAUAAGGAAUUUGUAUCUAAAAGCAAUAUUAAGACAAGAUGUUUCCUUCUUUGACAAGGAAACACACACUGGGGAAGUUAUUGGCAGGAUGUCUGGUGAUACUGUUCUCAUACAAAAUGCCAUGGGGGAAAAGGUUGGAAAGUUCAUACAACUAAUGUCCACAUUUUUGGGAGGCUUUAUUAUAGCAUUUAUCAAGGGACGACUUCUUACGCUCGUCAUGUUGUCCUCGAUUCUACCAUUAGUGAUUUCUGGCGGAAUUAUGUCCAUAACCAUAUCCAAGAUGGCGUCACGAGAGCAAAGCGCGUAUGCUAAAGCAGCCAAUAUAGUAGAACAAGCAGUUGGCUCAAUCAAGACGGUUGCAGCCUUCUCCGGGGAGAAAAAAGCGGUUGAUGAUUACAACAAGUCCCUUGUAGAUGCUUACAAUUCUAGUGUUCAUCAAGGUCUAGCUACAGGCCUUUGUCUUGGAUUAAUGUUGUUGACUAUAUUAUGUAGUUAUGCCUUGGCAUUUUGGUAUGGUGCAAAGAUGAUACUAGAAAAAGGCUACACUGGUGGCAGUGUGAUUACUGUAAUGAUUGCUGUGCUCACUGGAUCCAUGUCUCUUGGGCAGGUGGCUCCAUGUUUGAGUGCAUUUGCUGCAGGCCAGGCAGCAGCAUUCAAGAUGUUCGAAACUAUAAACAGAAAGCCCGAAAUAGAUGCAUAUGACACAAAAGGAAAAACAUUAACUGAUAUUCAUGGUGAUAUAGAACUAAGAGACGUGUAUUUCACUUAUCCAGCAAGACCCGAUGAGGAAAUAUUUAGUGGGUUCUCUCUUCGUAUCUCAAGCGGGAUGACUGCAGCUUUGGUUGGUCAAAGUGGAAGCGGAAAGUCAACGGUGAUCAGCCUAUUAGAGAGAUUUUAUGAUCCUCAAGCAGGGGAAGUUCUUAUUGAUGGUACUAAUCUUAAAGAAUUUCAACUAAAAUGGAUUAGACAGAAAAUUGGUCUUGUUAGCCAAGAACCAGUUUUGUUUACAUCCAGCAUAAAAGAUAAUAUUAUGUAUGGGAAAGAUGGCGCGUCUAUUGAUGAGGUUAGAGUUGCAGUCGAGCUUGCAAAUGCUGCUAAAUUCAUUGAUGAACUACCACAGGGACUGGAUACAAUGGUUGGAGAGCAUGGAACACAACUCUCUGGCGGGCAAAAGCAAAGAAUUGCUAUUGCUAGAGCAAUCCUUAAAGAUCCUAGAAUCCUUCUUCUGGAUGAAGCAACGAGUGCUUUGGAUGCAGAAUCUGAGAGAGUUGUGCAGGAGGCAUUGGACCGGAUAAUGGUCAAUAGAACAACCGUCAUUGUUGCACAUCGAUUAAGCACGGUCAGAAAUGUUGAUAUGAUCGCGGUCCUUCAUCGGGGCAAGAUAGUUGAGAAAGGAUCACAUUCAGAGCUAGUUCAAGAUCACGAAGGCGCGUACUCUCAACUUAUAAAGUUACAGGAAAAUAAUAAUGAUUCAAAAUAUCAUAUCUCAGAGGACCAAGAUAUAUCAGAAGCCGGUACAGAAAUCAGUAGUCUAUCAGGCCUAAAGAUAUCUUACCAAGGGUCAUCUAGCAGCCAUCGCUACUCCAUAGAUUCACCACAAAUCGGUGCGCGACUGCUCGAAUCCAUGAACAUUGAAUCACAACAAGAUGCAAAAACACAACCCAAAGUCCCACUCAGAAGACUUGCAUAUCUCAACAAACCAGAAAUACCAGUACUCAUAUUGGGUUCGCUAGCCGCGGUUAUUAAUGGGACAAUAUUCCCAGUUUUAAGCAUACUGCUUUCAAACAUGAUCAAAACGUUUUACGAACCGCCACAUAAAAUGAGAUCAGAUGCAACAUUAUGGGCUCUAGUAUUUGUGAUAAUGGGAAUUGUGUCAUUUCUAGCUUAUCCUGGGAGAUCUUAUUUAUUUGCUGUUGCUGGGUCUAGACUUAUAAAAAGAAUUAGAUCGUUAUGCUUUGAGAAAGUGAUUAACAUGGAGGUUGGUUGGUUCGAUAAGCCGGAAAACUCUAGCGGUGCAAUCGGUGCACAGUUGUCUGCCGAUGCCGCCAGUGUUCGUGGGUUGGUUGGUGAUGCGCUUGCUCAGAUCGUUCAAGACUUAUCAUCGGCUAUCAGCGGUUUAUUCAUCGCUUUUACAGCUUGUUGGCAGUUGGCUCUCAUAAUUCUUGCUAUGAUUCCGUUAGCGUCUAUUAACGGAUAUGUUCAGAUGCGGUUUAUGAAAGGGUUUAGUGCUGAUGCUAAACUGAUGUACGAGGAAGCGAGUCAGGUGGCGAAUGAUGCUGUCGGGAGUAUACGUACAGUAGCGUCUUUUUGUGCAGAAGAGAAAGUUAUGCAACUGUAUAGAAGUAAAUGCGAGGGUCCGAAAAAGACCGGGAUUAAACAAGGGUUAAUUAGCGGGACCGGGUUUGGGAUUUCGAUAUUUUUACUUUUUUGUAUGUAUGCUGGCAGUUUUUAUGUGGGAGCUCGGUUUGUUCAGGCGGGAAUAACUCAUUUCGCAAGUGUUUUUAGAGUUUUCUUUGCUUUAACAAUGGCGGGAUUAGCAGUGUCUCAAUCAAGCUCGUUUGCACCCGAUACAAGUAAAGCCAAAAGCUCUGCGGUCUCAGUUUUUGCGAUUCUAGAUCGGAAGUCAGAGAUUGACCCAAGUGAUGAAUCUGGUGUGACUUUGGGCUCGGUCAAAGGGGAAAUCGAGCUUAGUCACAUUAGUUUUAAAUAUCCGUCCAGACCUGAUGUUGAGAUAUUUCGUGACCUAUGCUUAACAAUCCAUAGUGGAAAGACAGUGGCGUUGGUUGGUGAGAGUGGGAGCGGGAAAUCAACAGUUAUCCAACUUUUACAAAGGUUUUACAAUCCAGAUUCGGGUUUUAUCAUGUUGGAUGGAAUUGAGUUGCAAAAUUUUCAACUCAAGUGGCUAAGGUUGCAGAUGGGUCUGGUUAGUCAAGAACCCGUCUUGUUUAAUGACACCAUUCGGGCCAAUAUUGCUUAUGGAAAGGAUGGUGAGGCCCCAGAGUCUGAAAUAAUAGCUGCUUCCGAGUUAGCCAAUGCCCACAAGUUCAUUAGUGGUUUACACCAGGGUUACGAUACUAUGGUAGGGGAAAGAGGGGUGCAAUUGUCAGGUGGACAAAAGCAAAGAGUAGCUAUCGCUAGGGCCAUAGUCAAGAGUCCCAAGAUACUACUACUAGAUGAGGCUACAAGCGCACUGGAUGCCACAUCAGAAAGAGUGGUUCAAGACGCAUUGGAUAGGGUCAUGGUUAACCGGACCACAGUGGUUGUGGCUCAUCGGUUGUCAACCAUUAAGGGCGCUGAUGUCAUUGCAGUCGUCAAGAAUGGAGUAAUCGUUGAGAAAGGAAAGCAUGAACAGUUAAUCAAUAUUAAGGAUGGAUCCUAUGCAUCGUUAGUUGCACUUCACAUGAGCUCUUCCAAUUAGCUCCACUAUUUUAUUUUGUUUUUGUAAUGUGAAAAUAAGGAUGGGAAUCAAAAUGUGUUCUCGCCAGAAAACUGUAUAUGUGAAAGUUUUUAUUUCAUAUUGUAAAGGUAGAAUGGAAAAGAAGUCAGAAUCAGUCAAGGUGUGGGUUGUCAAGAAGGGGUAAAUACGGUAAUGUAGUCAAAAUUGACCAGCUUAAUGAAGGUUAUAAGGAUAG